CACAACCGACAAUGGCAAAACCAUAUUGUUUGUUGUAUCUUUCUGCAACUUUUCUUCUUCUAAGUAUCUGCGCUUCAUUGGCUGCAUCAGCAGCAGCACCCGCACCAGCCCCUUCAACAAACUACAACACUUUCCUUCAAUGCCUCACACAACACACAAACUCUUCAACUCAACUCUCUCAAAUUCUCUUCUCUCAAAGCAGCCCUUCCUUCUCCACUGUCCUUCAAAACUACAUCCGCAACGCGCGUUUCAACACCAGCUCGACGCGGAAGCCAUUGAUCAUAGUCACACCCCAGCAAGAAUCGCAUGUGCAAGGUGCUGUGAUAUGCGCCAAAAGCCUCAACAUUCAACUCAAAAUCAGAAGUGGUGGGCAUGAUUAUGAGGGUAUUUCUUAUGUCUCGGGAGAACCCUUUAUUAUCAUUGACUUGUUCAAUCUUCGUAGCAUCUCAGUGGACAUAAAAAACGAGGUUGCUGUGGUUCAAGCUGGUGCCACACUUGGUGAGGUUUAUUAUAGGAUAUGGGAGAAGAGUAAAGUUCAUGGCUUUCCUGCAGGGGUGUGUCCCACUGUUGGUGUAGGUGGACACUUCAGUGGAGGAGGGUAUGGCAACAUGUUGAGAAAAUAUGGGUUAUCUGUUGAUAAUGUUAUUGAUGCUAAAAUUGUUGAUGUUAAGGGUAGGAUUUUAGAUAGAAAAUCUAUGGGUGAAGAUCUCUUUUGGGCUAUUAGGGGUGGUGGAGGAGCUAGUUUUGGAGUAAUAGUAUCAUACACUAUUAAGUUGGUUUCUGUACCACCAAUUGUUACUGUUUUUCGAGUUGAAAAGAGUUUGGAAGAGAAUGCCACUGAUCUUGUUGUUCAGUGGCAACAAGUGGCGCCAAAUACUGAUGAGAGGCUUUUCAUGAGGCUGCUAUUGCAGCCUGUGAGUUCUAAGGUUGUGAAGGGAAGCAAGACCAUUAGAGCCUCGGUUGUGGCUUUUUUUCUUGGAGGGGCUGAUGAGGUUGUUUCAAUUUUGGAGAAGGAGUUUCCAUUACUUGGUUUGAAGAAGGAGAAUUGCACUGAGGUGAGUUGGAUUGAUUCUGUUCUUUGGUGGAAUGAUGAUGAGAGUCUUAAGAGUGGUGCCAAACCUGAGACACUCUUGGAUAGGGAUCUAAAUGAUGCUGGUUUUUUGAAAAGGAAAUCUGAUUAUGUUCAGAAACCUAUUUCCAAAGAUGGGUUGGAGUGGAUUUGGAAGAGGAUGAUUGAGUUGGGAAAAGUAGGAUUUGUUUUCAACCCUUAUGGUGGAAAAAUGUCUCAGAUCCCCUCUAAUGCAACCGCAUUUCCUCAUCGGGAAGGGAACCUUUUCAAAAUUCAGUUUUCUGUGAACUGGGAUGAUCCCUCACCUGCUGCAGAACAGAAUUUUACCAAUCAAGCUAAAAGAUUGUAUAGUUAUAUGACCCCUUUUGUGUCCAAGAAUCCAAGAAGUGCUUUCUUGAACUAUAGAGACCUUGAUAUUGGGAUCAACACCUUUGGUAAGAAAAGCUUUCAAGAAGGACAAGUUUAUGGGGUCAAGUACUUCAAUGACAAUUUUGGGAGGCUUGUGAAGAUUAAAACUGCCGUUGAUCCAGAAAACUUUUUCAGGAAUGAACAGAGCGUUCCUGUGCUUCCCAGCAAGGGAUAGAGAAUCAAACAGUGAAGCAUAUUGCUUAGUCAAUUAUUACAUUUUUUGUUCCUAUAAUUCUAUGUGAAUGGUUUUAUUAUUUUAGCAAAAGAUUUGAUUAUUCAGCACUGAAUUCUAAGAAUAUUAUUAUUUGUAUCACUAGAAGGUAUCAUCUUUACAUUUGGAGUAUAUAUUUGGAGCUUAUAUAUGUAUAAAAGGUAAAAUAUAAAAAUAAAAAUAUAUAAUGUAAACUUUUAAUAAUUCAAAUGGUAGAAUUGAAACUCAAGAGUGUCAAGAUAUUAGAUAUAUAAUUAGAAAUUCUGUUAAAUACCAUGUAAAAUUCUCUUUGAAAUCUUAUGGUUAAAAUAAUGUAAAACGUGACAAACCGCGUAC